AUGUCUGGCAUGCGUCAGCCCUCAUCUUCUGCUGCAUCGCGUCCUGCUUCUCGCGCGUCGACGCAAGCUCCUGUGAGUGCGCCAGUGCAGCCGCCUACUCUCAAACGCGCCCAGGUGCCAUCUGUGCUUGCUUCGAGCACCUCCGUCAACACAGCCGCGAACAGCAACCACGCCAAAGAACAAAUCUCCUCAGAGACCAAUAUCCAAGUGGUCGUGCGUUGCCGAGAUCGCAAUGCUAGGGAACGCGCAGAGAACUCUGGCGUUAUUGUGUCGACCGUCGCUGAGCCACGCGGGAAAGCCAUCACCGUUCAAACCUCGCCUAGCACACUGUCCAACAAGACGUAUGCCUUUGAUCGUGUUUAUGGAGCAGAGGCAUCGCAGCAGAUGGUAUUUGAUGACACGGUGGAGCCCAUUGUAGAAGAAAUGCUUGGCGGAUACAACUGUACAAUCUUUGCUUAUGGACAAACAGGCACUGGAAAAACUUACACCAUGUCGGGAGAUAUGUCUGACUACUAUGGCAAAGUCACAGACGGCGCUGGUAUAAUUCCAAGAGCGCUCUAUCGCAUCUUCAAACAACUCGAUGCCGAGGGCGAUGAAUACAGUGUCAAAUGCUCCUUUAUUGAGCUCUACAAUGAAGAGCUGCGUGAUUUGCUUGCGAUUGAGGAAGACCGCAAGGUCAAAAUCUUUGACGACAAUGCCAAAAAGGGCGGUGUGGUGAUUAGCGGCAUGGAGGAGGUGGCAGUCCAGGAUGCCAUUACCGGUGUAAAGAUUCUUCAAGAAGGCAGCAAGCGCCGCGAGGUUGCAGCAACCAAGUGCAACGAGGCAUCAUCGCGCUCGCACUCGGUGUUCACCAUCACUGUCCACAUCAAGCAGACAACCGAUGGCGAAGACAUGUUGCGUGUUGGAAAGCUCAAUCUCGUCGAUUUAGCUGGCUCAGAAAAUGUCGGUCGCUCUGGUGCAGAGAACAAGCGCGCUCGUGAAGCAGGCAUGAUUAAUCAGUCGCUGCUGACGCUCGGCCGUGUCAUCAACGCGUUGGUAGACCGAUCCCAACACAUUCCUUACCGCGAAUCAAAGCUGACGCGGCUGCUGCAAGACUCUCUCGGUGGACGCACCAAGACUUGUAUCAUCGCGACGAUCUCGCCUGCCAAGAUCAACAUGGAUGAGACUGUUUCUACGCUGGACUAUGCAAGCCGUGCCAAGAGCAUUAAGAAUAAGCCACAAGUCAACCAGAUGAUGACCAAGAAGUCUCUCAUCAAGGACUAUAUCUUGGAGAUUGAGCGCCUAAAGGCAGAUCUCAACUCAACGAGGUCGAAGAAUGGUAUCUACAUGACUGAGGCGUCUCAUCUCGAUCUCGUCAAUGAGAAUGAGAGCAACAAGCUCUUGACAGAAGAGCAGCAACGAAAGAUUGAUGCUGUAGAAGGUCAGUUGCGCGCAGCCAAGGAGCAAUUUGAAGAGACAAUGGAGCAAUUCCUUUCUACACGCAAAGAGCUGGAAGGUACCACCAGGAUCCUCGGCGAGACAAAGGAGGUCCUCUCAUCUACCAAGAUCGAGCUACAACAAACGAGUACGGCACUCAGCAAGGAGACCAUCCUACGAAGGGCUCACCAGGAAUCAGAAGCCGCUAUCGACAAUGUAGCGAAAGGCUUGGUCGAGAAGCUUGAGGCAACAGUCAGGGAUGUACAUGGCUUGCACGACAAAGUUGGCCGCAAGCGUACCGUUGAAGAGCGCAACGCAGCACUCUGGGAGUCUGCUGGUGCCCAGAUUGCGCAUGCAGUGUCGCAGCUUGACAACAAACUGGAGACCUUUGCUCAGGGACAAAAGCAAUCUGCAGUUGUCAUUUGCAACCAGGUGACAAGCCUAGCGGUGCGAGAAAUGAAGCGUAUGACGGAAGGCCAAGCAUAUAUUUCUCAACGCGUGCAAGAGUACGAUGCUGUUCAAACGUCAACUGAAGCAACGCUUGAUGAAGCGCGUCAACGAAUGAAUGCCGUCUUGGACGAAAUUCGCGACCUGCGUGUGCACAUCAAGAGCCGUCUGGGUGAAGGCCUGGCUGGGCUGGGCAAAGCCGCUGAACGUAUUGCAGAUGAGAUUGCAACACGUCUCGGUGCCUUCCAGCAAGAGGUGCACGACAACUACUCUCAACUUGGCUCGGAUUUCAAGGCCAUCUUUGAUGCGACGCAAAAGCACAUGUCCGCUCAGGCAGAGGAGAUCAAGACUCUACGGGCGCAAGUGGCGGCAGCCAAUUCUACAACUGCUGAUCAAAUUCAAAUUGCCGCUAGACUUUUGCUGGAGCAGGAGCACGCCAAUGCAGACAAGACUGCUGAAGCUGAAGCACUGGCCCUGGCGCAGAUUGAAUCAUUGCUCAAAAAUGUUUCUCAACAGCGCGCAGAGCGCGAGCUUGCUGCGCAAGAGUCUUUCAAGCAGCGUGUUGCCUUAACAGCAGAGGCAAUCCACAAACACAGCACGUCUACAUCAGCUUCACUCGAUGAAUGGCUCACUUCAGAUGCCGACUUCAGUCGUCGCUUGCAGCAGGGCAAGGAAUCCAUCAAACGUUCUAUCGUGGAGUCCGCCAAGUCUGCGAAUGCGCGAACAGAGGCGAUUCAGCAGUCUACUCAUGCCAUCCAUGCAGAGACCGUCGCGUUAGUUGAUGCUGCGAUGAGCAAUGUCGACUCUCAAACACAAGCCCUUGAGGAGCAUGUGGCUGCUGCAAAGAAGUUGGGUGAACAACAUCACUCAAGCCACUUGUCUGCAGUUCAGUAUAUGCGUCAGAAUGUGGACAGUACGGCAGCGACAUUGGCAAGCGAGCUUGGUGAGGCCAAGUCGACUAUUGAGCAAGUCUCGCGCAACGUGGCCGACGAAGCAUCAGGUAUGGAUCCAGCAAUCACAGGAUUCUGUCAAUUUGCAGGCGAAGCGCACGGUCUGGUCAAACAAGCAGCUGCUACAGAGUUGCAGAAGGAUUUGCCGACACGGACGACACCCAAAAAGCAAAAGUACGUGUAUGCUACAUCUUGGCCGACAACUUUGCCACAUGCUCAGCUGUUGGGCGAGACCCAGGAAGCGGUAGAGACGCCACGGUUGGCGUUGGCACAGGUGGAUCCGAACGUUACCUCCCCGACCAUGGCGCGCGAGACUGCAGAAGUACCGGGUCAGCCCCAGCCGUUGCAGGCUGUGGCCUCAUCUAUUCCAGCACCCGUGAUGCAGAAGCAGGUGGUCAAUAUGGCUGCUGGUCAGGAGAAUGGUCGUGCGGUGAGGACGCGGAAGAGAAUGCUUGGCAGUAGCUAG